CUUUGUGUCAGUCGUGCGGGGUUUAGUACUGUAUCAAUGCUGGAUAUUAUAACAUGGACUAUCUGGACCUUUUAUUAUUUAGUAGACUGUUGGUGACGGACAGUCAUGACGUCUGUCGAAAAGAAAACAUAUUGAUGCGUUUUCAGGUGUAAGAGCUCCAAGACGUAAAUUGCAAUGACUUCGGAACUUUAUUCCCUUCAUUUGUACACCUUAAAAGGGCUACUGGAGAAAUAAGGUGGAUGUGAACAGCUCAUCAUUGAGGAGAGCGUUUAUUCCCCUGAGGACCUUUGCUAUAAUAACCAGACUUCGAUGGAGUUAGACCUGGAUUAAAGAUAAAGCUUUGCUGACUUGGCAAAGCAGGUAAAUGCCGGGCCUGCUGAAUGAAGGCGAGCAGAAGCACGUGGACAUCAGAGGCUCUUUCUAGCUCAUGAUGCCGUCGUCCACGCGGAAGGGAGGACUAAUAGACCCGGAUUUAGCAAACCUCUUUUUUAAAGAUGACCCGGAAGAAGUCUUCUGUGACCUACAUGAGAUCGGCCAUGGGAGUUUCGGCGCAGUGUACUUUGCCCGAAACUCCUACUCCAACGAGGUGGUGGCCAUUAAGAAGAUGUCCUACAAUGGCAAACAGACCACUGAGAAGUGGCAGGACAUCAUUAAAGAGGUGAAGUUUUUAGAAAACCUACGACAUCCAAACACCAUUGAAUACAAAGGCUGCUACUUGAAGGACAACACAGCAUGGCUUGUGAUGGAGUAUUGUCUGGGCUCUGCUUCAGACUUGUUAGAGGUUCACAAGAAACCACUCCAAGAGGUUGAAAUUGCUGCCAUUACCCACGGUGCCUUGUUAGGACUGGCUUACCUACAUUCCCAUAACAUGAUCCACAGAGAUGUGAAGGCUGGUAAUAUUCUGCUGACAGAGCCCGGUCAGGUCAAACUGGCUGAUUUUGGCUCCGCUUCCAUCGCCUCUCCUGCCAACUCCUUUGUGGGAACCCCAUACUGGAUGGCGCCAGAAGUGAUUUUAGCCAUGGAUGAGGGUCAAUACGAGGGGAAGGUGGACGUCUGGUCCCUGGGGAUCACCUGCAUCGAGCUGGCUGAACGUAAGCCUCCUCUCUUCAACAUGAACGCUAUGAGUGCCUUAUACCACAUUGCCCAAAACGAUUCUCCAUCCUUACAGUCCAAUGAUUGGUCGGAUGCAUUCCGGAGUUUCGUUGACUACUGCCUACUAAAAAUUCCUCAGGAUAGACCCUCCUCUGCAGAGCUACUGCGGCAUGAGUUUGUAAGGAGAGAGCGUCCUGUACGCGUCCUUAUCGAUCUGAUCCAGAGGACGAAGGAUGCGGUCAGAGAGCUGGACAACCUUCAGUACCGCAAAAUGAAAAAGAUCCUUUACCAAGAGAAACACAAUGGUCCAAUGGGGGAGUCUCAGGAAGAGGAGGAGCAGGAUGGAGAUCAGGCUGGCUGUAAGGUAAACAGUUUAGGCAGUAAUCACUCCAUCCCCAGCACCUCGGUGAGCACCGGCAGUCAGAGCAGCAGUGUCAACAGCCUGCAGGAGGUGCCAGAUGACUCCUGCUCCGAGCUGCACCAUGACUAUGAUAGCACCCUCGAGUCUUCCAUGCACCACAAAAAGGACCAUCAGUAUAUUCGCGACGACCUUCCUCAUCGGGACCACCGUUCAGAGCUGCGACCGUCCUCUUCAGACAGAGCUCAGGCUCACAACUAUAAAAACCGUGAGCGCUUCGCCACCAUCAAAUCAGCCUCACUGGUAACACGACAGAUCCAUGAACAUGAGCAGGAAAAUGAGCUCCGGGAGCAGAUGUCGGGAUACAAACGCAUGCGACGGCAGCACCAGAAGCAGCUAAUCGCUCUGGAGAACAAGCUGAAGGCAGAGAUAGACGAGCACCGGCUGAAGCUCCAGAAAGAACUGGAAACCCAUGCCAACAAUGCCUUCAUUGAGCUGGAGAAACUGGCCAAGAAACAUGCCAUCCAAACGGACAAAGAAAUGAAAACCAUGUCAGCUGAUGAGAAGAAGUUCCAGCAGCAAAUCAUGGCCCAACAGAAGAAAGAGCUCACCACCUUCCUCGAUAACCAGAAGAAACAGUACAAGCUCUGCAAGGAGAAAAUCAAAGAGGAAAUGAGUGAAGACCACAGCACACCUAAGAAAGAGAAGCAGGAGAGGCUGUCCAAGCACAAGGAAAACAUCCAGCACUCUCAGGCUGAAGAAGAGGCUCAGCUCCUGGGGCAGCAGAGGGCUUUCUAUGACAGGAACUGCAGAGCCUUCAAACGCAAGAUCUUGAUCAAGCGGCAUGAGUUUGAGCAGGAACAGUUACGAGAGGAGUUGAAUAAGAAGAAGACCCAGAAGGAAAUGGAGCACGCUAUGUUGAUCCGGCAAGAUGAAUCGACCCAAGAACUGGAGCAUAGACAGCUGAAAACAUUACAGAAACUACGCAUGGAUCUGAUCCGACUGCAGCACCAAACGGAGCUGGAGAACCAGAUUGAAUACAAUAACCGUAGAGAGCGAGAACUGCACAGGAAACAUGUGCUUGAGCUACGGCAGCAGCCCAAGAACCUCAAGGCUAUGGAGCUUCAGAUAAAGAAACAGUUCCAGGAUACGUGUAAAGUCCAAACGAAACAGUACAAGGCCCUUAGGCACCAUCAGCUAGAGGUGACCCCCAAAAGCGAGCACAAGAUGGUGCUGAAAGCCCUGAAGGACGAGCAGACACGUAAACUGGCGAUCCUGGCUGAGCAGUACGAACAGAGCAUCAAUGAGAUGAUGGCCUCACAAGCACUGCGUCUGGAUGAGGCUCAGGAGGCGGAGUGCCAGGCACUGAGGCAGCAGCUGCAGCAGGAGAUGGAGUUACUCAAUGCCUACCAGAGCAAGAUCAAGAUUCAGACCGAGGUCCAGCACGAGCGCGAGCAACAGAAACUGGAGCAGAAAGUCUCACUACGCCGAGCACACCUUGAACAAAAGAUUGAGGAGGAGCUGGCUUCUCUUCAGAAAGAGCGCACCGACCGAAUCAAGCACCUGCUUGACCGCCAGGAGAGAGAAAUCGACGCCUUCGAUAUGGAAAGCCUUCGAAUGGGUUUCAAUAACCUGGGUGUUUUGGACUACCCUAAAGAUGACUACAGAUGAGAUCUUAACACUCCACAUUCCUCCACUUUUUAUGGAUCAAGUCUGCUGUGUUUGCUACUGACAGACCCAUCGCUCCUCUGGGUUGAUGCCUGUACAGGCCUUACACGUUUGGGCUCUCUCUACUGAACACGUCAUGGGAUAACAUGCUGGAUAACGUCCUUAGUUGUCUUUUUUAUAUACAAAUAUUAUAUAUGAGACAAUUAAAGCUGUCACAGUGUUGAAGUCAAUGUAUUCUCGUGCAAUGGUAACACUUUUAAUGUAACUCAAAUUAAAAUGGAGAUAUCAAGAGAAUAGCAAUACGAAUAAGGGGAUUUGUAUUGCAACUUUUAAUCAGGAUGCACACUUUUUUUUUUUUUUUUCUUUGUGCUAUUUUAUUAUUUUAAUUUUUUGACAGGCUGUGUGAUUUGAGCAAUUUUUUAGAGAUGUUUUUGUCUGUUCUUUUGCAGCCUCCUGCCUAUUGCUGCUUGAAUCUCUCUCUAUUUAGUAUUUAUUCACCAAGAAAAAUAAAUUAUAAAGUAACUUUUUUUAAGUAAUGAAGAAAUUUGAUAAAGUUUGCAUAUUAAAACAAUGUACAUAUUUAAUAGUUGCAUCUGUGACUUAGACUCUUAUGUAAUCUGUUUUUUUUGGGAGAGAACCCACUGCAUUAAUACAGUAUUUACAAAACCGUAAUCCACCUCAGCUGAGGUGCACAAUGUGAAUAAUACAUAUGUGAAUCAACUCGUGGUACCUGCACAAAGGGCUGAAUGAGAAGGGACAUGUAUUUUGUGAAUAGAAGGCUUUAUGGAGAAGUUUUACUUAUUUUCCUAUAACAUUUUAACUGAUUUUUUUCCAUUUCUUUUUAUAUAAACACAUGCAUAUAUCUAUAUAUAUAUAUAUAUAUAUAUAAAUGGUUAACCACCCUUUCCCUACUGCAGUCACUGGUGAAAUGUUCUGAAUUGCCUCCAAUUGCUGUUUUCAUGAUCUAGAUUUCUGU